ACUGACCCGAGUCGAACGCCUCCUUCGCAGCCAAGCAAGCAAACGACUACUCCGUCCCCGUCCCUCUCUUCUCCUCCUCCCCUAUCUCUCUGCCUCGCCCACGUCUCGCCUCUCCCGUAUCGGCGGACCGGAUUUCAAACCCGCGUCAGCUCGACGAGGGCCAGGUCUCCGCCGCCGCCGCUCCUCUCGAUCCAUCGGCCGCGCCUGAUCCCCCCGCCGGCGCGGUAGAGACCCACCAUGGAGGCCAUGGAGGAGCUGUCGCAGCUCUCCGAGUCGAUACGCCAGGCGGCCUCGCUCCUCGCCGACGACGACCCCUCGGACGACUCCGCGCCCAGGCGCCCCUCCACCUUCCUCAACGCCGUCGUCCUCGGCAACGUCGGUUCCGGCAAGUCGGCCGUGCUGAACAGCCUCAUCGGCCAUCCCGUGCUGCCGACGGGGGAGAAUGGGGCGACCAGGGCGCCGAUCGUGGUGGACCUGCAGAGGGAACCGGGCCUCAGCACCAAGUCUAUCGUGCUGCAGAUCGAUAGCAAGUCGCAGCAGGUGUCCGCAACUGCUCUGCGGCAUUCUCUGCAGGAUAGGCUCAGCAAGAGUGUGUCUGGGAGGGGCCGCUCAGAUGAGAUAUCUCUCAAGCUGCGAACCAGCACAGCUCCCGCCCUAAAACUGAUUGAUUUACCUGGGUUAGACCAGCGAGCCGUGGAUGAUUCAAUGAUCAAUGAUUAUGCUGGGCACAACGAUGCAAUACUGCUAGUUGUGAUACCUGCGGUACAAGCAGCUGAAGUUGCAUCAUCUCGAGCCAUUAGGCUGGCGAAGGAUAUUGAUUCAGAUGGUUCGAGAACUAUCGGUAUCUUGAGCAAGAUCGAUCAAGCAGAAGGAGACGCGAAAACUAUAGCUUGUGUUCAGGCCCUUCUCUCAAACAAGGGCCCAAAAAACCUUCCUGACAUUGAGUGGGUCGCUCUGGUAGGACAAUCUGUAACGAUUGCAUCGGCACAAUCUGGAUCAGUUGGUUCUGAAAACUCGCUGGAAACAGCAUGGCAAGCUGAAGCUGAGACCCUGAAAUCCAUUUUAACUGGAGCUCCCCAGAGUAAGCUAGGUAGAGUUUCGUUGGUUAGCGCCAUUGCUAAGCAGAUACGUAAAAGGAUGAAAGUGCGUCUUCCUAACCUAUUGACUGGCCUUCAGGGUAAAUCCCAGAUGGUGCAGGCUGAGCUGGCAAGGCUCGGAGAAUCUAUGGUACAAAGUCCUGAAGGAACCCGAGCAGUUGCAUUGGAGCUGUGCCGGGAAUUUGAAGACAAGUUCCUUGCUCAUAUUACAUCUGGCGAGGGGUCUGGCUGGAAAAUUGUUGCAAGUUUUGAAGGCAAGUUUCCAGACAGAAUUAAACAGCUACCAUUGGACAGACAUUUUGAUCUCAACAAUGUCAAAAGGAUUGUCCUGGAAGCCGAUGGUUAUCAACCAUAUUUGAUAUCUCCAGAGAAAGGGUUGAGGUCAUUAAUAAAAAUAGUACUAGACAUGGCAAAGGAGCCAUCGCGACUAUGUGUUGAUGAGGUACACCGUGUAUUGUUGGACAUAGUCAAUGCUUCAGCUAAUGCCACACCUGGGCUUGGAAGAUAUCCUCCAUUCAAGCGUGAGGUCAUUGCAAUAGCAUCGAAUGCAUUGGAUAACUUUAAAAGUGACGCCAAAAAGAUGGUAGUUGCUCUUGUUGACAUGGAGCGUGCCUUUGUUCCUGCUCAGCAUUUCAUCCGUCUAGUACAAAGAAGAAUGGAGAGGCAGCGCCGUGAGGACGAGAUGAGAAACCGACCUUCCAAGAAAGGGCAAGAGUCUGAACAAUCCGUGACAAACAGGGCCUCCAGUCCCCAAACAAAAUCUGAGCAAGCUGGUAGCUCAAAACCAACGAAAGAAAAACCAAGUCCAGACAAAGACACAAAAGAGGGACCAAAUUUGCAGGUUGCUGGUCCUGCUGGUGAAAUUACUGCAGGUUACCUUCUGAAGAAAAGUGCAAAAACUAAUGGGUGGAGCAGAAGGUGGUUCGUCCUAAAUGAGAAGAGUGGAAAGCUUGGAUACACAAAGAAGCAAGAGGAAAGACAUUUUCGUGGUGUCAUCACUCUUGAGGAAUGCAACCUCGAGGAAGUAGAUGAGGAAGAACCUUCUAAAAGCUUAAAGGAUUCAAAAAAGGCUAAUGGACCUGAAAAAGGCCCAAGUCUUGUGUUCAAGAUAACUAACAGGGUCGCCUAUAAGACUGUCCUUAAAGCUCAUAGCGCUGUUGUAUUGAAGGCUGAGAGCACUGCUGACAAGGUUGAAUGGGUAAAUAAGAUAAAAGCUGUAAUUCAAAGUAAAGGUGGUUCUUUCAAGGCUGCAAAUUCUGAGGGUGGUCUGCUGAAGCAAAACCAGCCAGAUAGCUCCACAGAUGCAAUGAUACGGAGACCAGCUGAUCCUGAAGAAGAACUUAGAUGGAUGUCUCAAGAAGUUCGUGGUUAUGUUGAGGCUGUUCUAAAUAGUCUAGCAGCAAAUGUCCCGAAGGCUAUUGUGCUCUGCCAAGUGGAGAAAGCAAAGGAGGAUAUGUUGAACCAGCUAUACAGCUCGAUAAGCGGGCAAAGCAAUGCAAAAAUCGAAGAGCUUCUCCAAGAAGAUCACAAUGCUAAACGUAGAAGGGAAAAGUACCAGAAGCAAUCAUCUCUGUUGUCAAAGCUCACACGCCAACUUAGUAUCCAUGACAAUCGAGCUGCUGCUUCCUCUUAUUCAAAUGACAGUCCGGAAGCUGAGAGCCCUCGGACACCCGGCCGCCCAGGUGAGGACUGGAGGUCAGCCUUCGAUUCUGCAGCAAAUGGCCCAGCCCCGAACAUCGAAUCAAGGUCGAGAAGUGCCGAUAGUCGCGGGCGCUCUGAAAAUGGGGAUCCCAACUCCAGCAGCCGACGCACGCCAAAUCGGUUGCCGCCAGCGCCACCGAGAUACUAGUCGUGCUGAUUAGUAUCCAUGAUUUAUUAUUAUGUAUUCUUGCUAGGCACACGCUCUGUUUCUGAUAAUUGGGUGGUGAGAUUGGUGGAGCGGAUUUGAGAUUGGAUGAAUAGAGCGAGCGCCUUGGUCGAGAGGUUUCAUCGACGGUGUGUAUGCAUGCGCAGGCGACCAGAGUUGUUUAUAGAAAUAUAUAGUUGAAUCAAUUCUCUCUA